UUGUUCAAAUCUAGCUCGAAUCGAGCUCGAAUCGCUGUCGACAAACCUGGCCAUGUGGAGUUUUGUUCCGCCACUACCAAGGAAACUCCUACCAAAAGGCCUACUGAGUUGGGAUACCAGCAGGCUAAUUACGCGGCAGUGAGGGGGGGAGUGGAGCAGAUCCACGGGGGGAAGGGAGAGCACGCGGAAAAGUGCAUGUCGGAAAGCGAGAUUUCGAAAGUGUAUGUGAAUGCCAACUACGUUAAGGCCUGUCACUACGAUAGUUGUGGACAGGCUCAAAUUGCUGCAGACUCCAGCUUACCGGAGUAUAUCGCCACGCAGGGUCCCCUCAAGUACACAGAGGCUGACUUCCUCUACAUGGUGCAGCAACAGCGAGCUCCAAUAGUCAUCACCCUGUGCAACGCUCUGGAAGGGGGAAAGUCUAAGUGUUCUCAGUACUGGCCAGAAUCGUGUGGUGUGCCCGAGGAGAAGAGUAACCACCUUCGAUCCGUCAAUGUGAUCCUCAACCAGGAAACACGCACCAAAAAUGUGGUAACGCGAUCAAUGACUGUGCAACCGGAAGAUGAUUCCAACGUAAGUGCUCCGCUCGUCCUUUCUCACUUCGGUCUCCCUCUCCUCAUAACAAACUAUUAG